UCAUAAACAAGAUGGCGCUGUCGAAGAGUGCAAAUACGUAUAAUAGACAAAAUUGGGAAGAAGCGGAUUUCCCUAUUUUAUGUCAAACAUGCCUAGGUGAUAACCCUUACAUUAGAAUGACCAAAGAAAAAUAUGGCAAAGAAUGCAAGAUCUGUGUGCGGCCAUUCACAGUGUUCCGCUGGUGUCCAGGGAAAGGGGCCAGGUUUAAGAAGACAGAGGUUUGCCAAACUUGUAGUAAACUAAAGAACAUAUGUCAGACAUGCCUACUGGAUUUAGAAUAUGGUCUCCCAGUCCAGGUUAGAGAUGCAGCAUUAAAAUUGCAGGACAGCAUGCCCAAGUCUGAUGUCAACAAAGAAUUCUUUGCACAAAAUGCAGAAAGAGAUUUAGCAAACUCGGACAGUUCUCUGGCCUAUGGUGCCCUGGGGAAGUCACAGAGCCCCAGUGACAUGUUGCUCAAACUGGCCAGGACCACGCCCUACUACAAACGUAACAGGCCUCAUAUCUGCUCCUUCUGGGUGAAAGGGGAGUGCAAGAGAGGAGAGGAGUGCCCAUACAGACACGAGAAGCCAACAGACCCUGAUGACCCUCUGGCUGACCAGAACAUCAAGGACAGAUUCUAUGGUGUUAAUGAUCCGGUGGCUGACAAACUGAUCAAGAGAUAUGCCACAAUGCCUAAACUAGAGCCACCAGAGGACAAAUCAGUGACCACACUAUAUGUGGGAAACUUGGGGGACAAGGUCACAGAGAAAGAUUUAAGGGACCACUUCUACCAGUUUGGUGAGAUUCGCUCUGUCACAAUGGUGAGCAGGCAGCAGUGUGCCUUUGUACAGUUCACAAAGCGCGAGUCCAGUGAGGCCGCAGCAGAGAGCACCUUUAACAAACUCAUCAUUAACGGCAGGCGGUUAACAAUAAAGUGGGGGAAAUCUCAGGGUCAACAGCUGGUGCCGAGGCAAGAGGGAGAGAUGGGAGGACAGAUGCUGGAGCCUGUACCAGGACUACCUGGGGCUCUGCCAAUGCCUGGAGAGGAGUUGUCCAACAACUAUUUUAAUUUGAAUCAACCACCCCCUAUGUCUCUGCCAAUGCCCCCAAGAUCUAUGGGACCCAGAGGUCCUCCACCAAGGGGACCUCCAUCUGGUGGACCCCCCAGGGGAAUGCCUCCACCCCCACCUGGUGUCCGCAUGCCGCCCCCACCCCCAGGGAUGUUACCUGUCAGACCCCCACCCAUGAUGAGGCCCCCAAUGUUUAUGCCCAGGCACCCGGCUCACAUGCCACCCCCGGGGUUGGGACCACCCCCCGGGCAACUCCAGCAGGCCCCUGCCGUCUCCAGUGCUGUUAUCCAUUAUCCUUCUCAAGAUCCAUCUAGAAUGGGAGCCGUGCCCAAGACACAGUAGAGGAGCAGUAUUAGUAUGCACAUUUCUAAUGGCAGAGUGGAAGACACAACAGCCCAGCAGGGUUAUGAACUGUCUUUGAAGAAGAUUUGAAGUGGUGCAUGUCCAACUUUAAACUCUCGUUAUCAGACAUACUGCUGAAUGGGGGAAGGGAUUUACCUGUAAUAUAGUCCUUGCUUUGAAAUUAUGUUUUCAAAAUUUCAAACGGAAAACUGAAGACAGUCCCAAGUGGAAAUGUGUAACUAAAAACUGCUAUCAUCUGAAUUUUGGCUGGUAAUACAUGCAAUAGGAACUAGAGUAUUAUGUGGUUCUUCUUUGUAAGUGUUUUAAGUUGGUCAGAGUUGUUCUUCUAAUCAUAAAUUUUUUGUAUUGAAUCCAGAAAUUGGGCUGUUUUUUUGGUAUAUUACAUCCUUUUCUUUUAUGAAUUUCCUUAAACAAGGCUAUUAUCUUAAUUACAGAAAGUGUAGCCUUUCUACAUACUUCUAUACUUCAUCCUGUAGAAGUUUUUAACUUGGAAAUGUGUUGUAAAUAGUAGACGAAGAACCACAUGAAGUGUAUUGUAUUUUUUAUACUAAAAGACUUCAUAAUUUAAAAGAUUUGUAAUGUAUAAUGGAAGCCGAGUUGUGGCUCCUUGUUUUCAUAUGUGUAUAGUGACUUUGAAAUAUACAUGAAGACAAUAGUGUAUGAUGAAUAAAAGAUCUUGAGAUA